AUGCACGACCUCCGAAAGAAGGCCCUCCUCGAGAGUGGCAAGACACAGUCCCGCAAGGCGCGCUCGCGUCCCGACUCCAAGUCCGCGACGCCAAUCACCUCGCCCGGACACUCCCCCGCUGGCUCGCGCGCACCUAGCCGCUACGCGUCCGAGGACGAGGGCGAUAGCGACUCCGAUUUCGACGACAUGAUGACCAUGAGCACCACCUCAGGUACCUCCGACCACGGCGACGACGACGGUACUGGUCGCGCCUGGGUCGACCGCGUGGACGCAAGAGUCUCGCAGAUUGUCGCCGGUGGCCGCUCUGGCGAGCGCAAGAAAAUCAGCAACCAGGAGAGGGAGGAUAUGCUGAAAUCGUACCUGCACCUGGCGCGGCAUUACUACGUCCGCUCAGAGAUCGAGGCGCCCAUGAACGACCUGGUGCUUGGCCUUGUGAGAGCAAUUAAGUCGGGCAUCAGCGCGACCGAACGCACCCUUGCGCUUAAGGCCCUUUCGGUGACGAUCCUUACGAACCCUACCGACACAGUCCUCGACCAGUACGUUUCAAGCCUCAAGUCCACUUGCGAGGAUGAUGGGGCCGAAGAAGUCAAGACCGCAGCGCUCCGUGCCCUUGCCGUGGCGGCCAUGUAUGGCGAUGGAUCGACCGAGGCCGCCGAGGACAUGAUGCUGUACAUGCUCGACAUCAUCGAGAGCGACGGGCACACCGCGGGGGCAGCUGAUGUCGCGCCCGUGGUAGUCGCUGCCCUCGAGAGCUGGGGUUUCAUGGCCGCGCAUCUGGAGGAUCUUUCUGAUCAGAGUGCGCAAGCCAUGGAAGCCUUCGUGGAGCAACUUAACAGCACCGACGCCUACGUGCAGACCAGCGCCGGCAACAACAUCGCGCUGCUGUUUGAGAGCGCAACCGAGUGGGAGGAAUCCUCUGGAGAGAAGAUGAACCUCAGAUACGACCCCAAGAGACUGGCGCAGCAGAUGCGAGAGGCAUCGAGAGGCUCGAAAUCCAUGUCCAAGCGCGACAGACGGCAUCUCAAGUCGGACUUCAACAGCAUCGCGACUGGUCUCGAACGAGGCAAGGGACCGGGCUACUCGACCGCUGGAUGGGCCGCGUCCAACCCACACACGGGUGGCAACGCCGUCGUCAGCUCGCACGGCGGUGACGUCAGUGAGUUUGGGUACCGGCAGACAAUCAGCGUCGGCAAGGACAAGAUGACUAUUGACAGCUGGGCGUUGUCGGCCAAGGUCGACUUUCUGAGGACCGUUCUUGCUGGAGGCUUCCCUACUCAUCUUGCCAAGAACGAGACGGUGCAGGAGAUGAUUUGA